GUUUUGAAAUUUGAAGUGUUUUUGAUGUAUGCCUGAAUCUGAAAGAGCAAAGACGAAAGCGGCCAUUUAUAACACUCUCGUGAAUCUUGCCUCCAUUCUUCUCUCUCUUCACAUUUUCUCUGUCUUGAAUAACAGACUCCUUCUUCUUAUCUCAGCUCAGAUCUCUGAUUCUCUGCUCCGCUUAAAGUAACCAAUUGCUCAAAGUGUAAGAUCGAGUAUGUCUUCGUUUAGUUCCACCUAUGGAAACGGAGACACUCCUUUGCACACCUCUGCUUCUGUUUCUAAUGGGGAUGGAUAUGACAGUGAUGGCUCCAAUUUUGCAACGCCUACACAAGCCACGCUUUCAGUUGCUAUUCCUGCGGAACUUGCCGGUGCCAUUCCUUUGAUUGAUAAAUUUCAGGUUGAGGGAUUCUUAAGGAUGAUGCAAAAACAGAUUCAAUCCACUGGAAAACGUGGGUUUUUCUUGAAAAAAUCUGUAGGCCCUCAAGUUCGGGACAAAUUCACAUUUGAGGAUAUGCUUUGUUUCCAAAAGGAUCCUAUACCAACUUCAUUACUUAAAAUUAACAGCGAUCUGAUAAGUCGAGCUACUAAAUUGUUUCAAAUAAUUCUGAAGUACAUGGGAGUUGAUUCAUCUGAUCGAGUAGCUCCAGUAAGCUUGGAUGAACGGAUUGAACUUGUUGGAAGAUUAUACAAGCAUACACUAAAACGUGCAGAGCUUCGAGAUGAACUUUUUGCUCAGAUUUCUAAGCAAACCAGGAAUAAUCCUGACAGGCAAUACUUGAUUAAAGCAUGGGAGCUAAUGUAUUUAUGUGCAUCCUCCAUGCCUCCUAGCAAGGACAUUGGUGGAUAUUUAUCUGAAUACGUUCACAAUGUAGCUUAUGGUGUGAGUACUGAUUCUGAGGUCCAAGUCCUCGCAGUAAAUACGUUAAAUGCUUUGAAGCGUUCUGUUAAAGCUGGUCCUAGGCAUACAAUACCAGGACGCGAGGAAAUUGAAGCUCUUCUAACGGGUCGAAAGCUUACAACCAUAGUGUUCUUUUUGGAUGAAACUUUUGAAGAAAUCACAUAUGACAUGGCAACAACAGUGUCUGAUGCUGUUGAGGAACUUGCUGGGAUAAUCAAGUUGUCGACAUAUUCUAGUUUUAGUCUGUUUGAGUGCCGUAAAGUUGUUACGGGUUCCAAGUCACCUGAUCCUGGGAAUGAGGAAUUCAUUGGGUUAGAUGAUAACAAAUACAUAGGGGAUUUGUUGGCGGAAUUCAAGGCAGCCAAGGAUCGGAGUAAGGGAGAAAUCUUGCAUUGCAAAUUAACAUUUAAGAAAAAGCUAUUUCGCGAGUCGGAUGAAGCUGUAACGGACUCAAUGUUUGUGCAAUUAUCAUAUGUUCAAUUGCAGCAUGACUAUAUAUUAGGCAAUUAUCCUGUUGGAAGAGAUGAUGCUGCUCAGUUGUCUGCGUUGCAAAUUUUGGUUGAGAUUGGAUUUGUUGGUAGCCCUGAAUCAUGCACUGAUUGGACUUCCCUACUUGAGCGGUUUCUACCUAGACAAAUUGCAAUCACCCGUGGAAAGCGAGAAUGGGAGUUGGAUAUUCUUUCCCGAUAUCGUUCAAUGGAACAUCUUUCAAAAGAUGAUGCAAGACAACAAUUUUUGCGAAUAUUGAGGACACUUCCUUAUGGGAAUUCAGUUUUCUUUAGUGUCCGUAAGAUUGAUGAUCCUAUUGGACUUUUGCCAGGACGGAUUAUUUUGGGCAUCAACAAGCGAGGGGUACAUUUUUUUCGUCCAGUUCCAAAAGAAUAUUUGCAUUCAGCAGAGCUAAGAGACAUAAUGCAAUUUGGUAGUAGCAAUACUGCUGUUUUCUUUAAGAUGCGAGUUGCAGGUGUUCUUCACAUUUUUCAAUUUGAGACCAAGCAGGGAGAAGAAAUUUGUGUUGCUCUUCAGACACACAUAAACGAUGUGAUGUUGCGCCGUUAUUCUAAAGCUCGGUCUGCUGCAACUGGCUUAGUAAACGGAGAUCUUUCUAACAGUUUUAAGCCUUCCAAUGUGGAAGUGUAUGAGAAGCGUGUACAGGAAUUGUCCAAAAGUAUCGAAGAAUCUCAAAAGAAUACUGAUCGGUUAUCACAAGAAUUGCAUGAGAAGCAAAGGCAAGAAGUAAAAUUGCAAGAGGAAUUGGAGGGCUUGAAAGAUGCCUUGAGAUUUGAAAAGCAAAAGUUGGUAGAAGUCAAUUCUGAUCGUGAUAGACUUAGAUCAAUGUGUGCUGAAAAGGAUACAGCUCUUGAAGCUGCUUUAUUGGAGAAGAGAAACAUGGAAAUGAGGUUGGCCACUCUUGGUAACCUAGCUGUGGAGCAUAAUGCCAAAAAGGAUUUGGUUGGGACUAAUAAUCAGGUGUUGCACAAGCUUCAAGAUGAAUUGAAACUGCGCAAUGAAGAGUUGCAUGCAACCAAAGAAAGUAUGAAAAGAUUGACAAAUGAAAAAAUAUCUCUAGAACAGGAGAUAUCUAGGCUUGAAAGAAAGAAAGUUGAAGAGAUGGAAUUUCUUGAGAAAAACUUUGAACAAGAACGUAAGACCUUAAAGCUACGAGUAAUUGAACUUGAAAGGAAGUUGGAAGGGGUUACACAAGAAUUAGCUGCUACUGAAUCAACUCUUGCAAUUAGGGAUGCAGAUUUAACUACCUUGCAAAAUAAUAUGAAGGAACUAGAGGAGCUUAGAGAAAUGAAAGAGGACAUAGAUAGGAAGAAUGAGCAAACUGCUGCCAUAUUGAAGAUGCAAGGAGCUCAACUUGCUGAGCUUGAAGUACUUUAUAAGGAAGAACAAGUUUUGAGGAAGCGCUACUAUAAUACUAUAGAAGAUAUGAAAGGGAAGAUAAGGGUUUUCUGUCGUUUAAGACCUUUGAGUGAGAAAGAGAUUGCUGAAAAGGAAAGAGACACAAUAACAAGCACAGAUGAAUUUACAGUUGAACAUCAAUGGAAAGAUGAUAAAGCAAAACAACAUGUAUAUGAUCGUGUAUUUGAUGGCAAUGCCACCCAAGAUGAUGUAUUCGAGGACACAAGGUAUUUGGUACAGUCCGCUGUCGAUGGAUAUAAUGUUUGCAUAUUUGCCUAUGGCCAAACUGGUUCUGGGAAGACAUUUACAAUAUAUGGCUCUGACAAUAAUCCUGGACUAACACCACGCGCUACUGCAGAACUUUUUAAAAUAUUAAAGCGUGAUAGCAAGAAGUUCUCAUUUUCGCUGAAGGCAUAUAUGGUUGAGUUGUACCAAGAUACACUUGUGGACCUUUUAUUACCAAAGAAUGUGAAGCCACUAAAAUUGGAUAUUAAAAAAGAUUCGAAGGGUAUGGUAUCCAUAGAAAAUGUAACAAUCAUUUCAAUCUCAACAUUGGAGGAGUUACAAGGUAUCAUUCAAAGAGGAUCUGAAAGGCGACAUACUUCUGGUACUCAAAUGAAUGAAGAAAGUUCAAGAUCUCAUCUGAUACUUUCAGUUGUUAUUGAAAGUACUAAUCUUCAGACUCAAUCCCUUGCAAAGGGAAAGUUAAGUUUUGUGGACCUUGCUGGUUCAGAAAGAGUAAAGAAAUCAGGCUCUUCAGGUAGUCAACUUAAGGAAGCUCAAAGCAUCAAUAAAUCUCUGUCAGCACUCGGAGAUGUAAUUAGUGCUUUAUCUUCUGGCGGUCAACACAUACCUUAUAGAAACCACAAGUUAACGAUGUUAAUGAGUGAUUCCCUUGGUGGUAAUGCAAAGACACUUAUGUUCGUAAAUGUAUCACCAGCUGAAUCAAAUUUGGAUGAGACCUACAAUUCCCUGAUGUAUGCAUCAAGAGUUAGAUCAAUUAUGAAUGAUCCAAGCAAAAAUGUUUCAUCAAAAGAAAUAGCUCGAUUGAAAAAGUUGAUAGCAUAUUGGAAAGAGCAAGCAGGUAAGAGAGGAGAUGAUGAAGAAUAUGAAGAGAUCCAAGAGGAACGACCAAUGAAAGAUAGGACAGACGGUCGUCAUUCAAUGUAGAGGCUAUAUUUUUUUGCCUUGAGGUGAAAUUAGGCCAAGAACUUGCAAAAUUUUUGUUAACAAAAUGGUUUAUCACGUCAAUUGGGAAAUGAACCUGGUAGAUUGGUUAGCUAAUUUGAUACGAAUUGAAGGGGUUUCGAUGAUCUCGUUGUAAUAUCAUACUUAGGCUGGAGAAGUUCCGAGUAAAAAGAUUUAGGUUGUAUAGUUAGAACGGUGUGUAUAUAUUACUUGGUAUUUUUAUGUUGAAUACACUUUUGAAUGAAAUGAAAAUUUAGUGAAUUGGUAAAA